AUGGUAAACCUAGGAAAUGGCAUCAAUAAAAUCGUUGGCUGGGGAAGUGACCAAGGGAUUGGAGGAUUUGGAGAGGAACCAGGAAUUAAAGCACAGCUAACCAACCUGAUUCGAUCUGUCCGGACUGUUAUGAGAGUGCCAUUAAUAGCAGUGAACUCCGUUACAAUCCUUCUCCUCCUGUUGUUUGGGUGA